AGAGAAUGCCACCCAGAAGAUAACAGCAGAAUGCAGUGAAUCUGGCACCUGGAAAACUACUCUCCUUGAGACUGGAGCCUCUGAUCCAGCCACGAUGCCUGGUGACCAGAAUGGAACCUGGGAGAUGGAGAGCAAUGACAACUUUGAAGGCUACAUGAAGGCAUUAGGUAUUGAUUUUGCCACCCGCAAGAUUGCCAAGCACCUAUCUCAGACAAAGAUAAUUGAUCAAGAUGGUGAUAACUUCAAGACUAAAACAAACAGCACAUUCCGGAACUAUGAUUUGGAUUUCACUGUUGGAGUUGAAUUUGAUGAGUUCACUAAAGGCCUGGAUGAUAGGCACGUUAAGACUCUAGUGAUCUGGGAAGGAGAUAAGCUGGUGUGUGUGCAGAAGGGAGAGAAGAAGAACCGAGGGUGGAAACAGUGGGUCGAAGGAGACAGACUGCACUUGGAGCUGACGUGUGAAGACCAAGUAUGCCAUCAAGUAUUUAAAAAGAAGUAACUGUUGAUCAGGAGACCUGUUGAGUUACCAGUUAGAAAUUAUUUCAUGUAUUUUGUAAAAAAAAAAAUAAAAAAAGCUUCAGAACUUCCUCCUACUCUCGAAAAAGCCUCAGCGAUGUGUCUGUGUGAAGUUUUAAACAGAGGCAAAUGUGUGAGAGUGACGAACAAAUAUUUCCUCUUUUGUGAUCUGGCAUUACAUUAAAAAUCACUUUUUUUUAAAGACA